CGUAAAACCAGCAAUUCAAUACAUUCCUCCAUCUUCAAUACUCAGGGUAUGAAGAUGCUAAGCUUUUUCCAGUGGAGAACCCAUCCGAAACAAACGAGAGUCUAAAAAUCCCGAUGUCAUGAAUACGAGCUGUCAUGGAAUUUUCCAAUGGUAGUCAGCUGAUCUAGUGAGUCAGCCUACGUCAGUCCUUCAUUCCAGAUCCAAUUGCUCUUUUCCGUAGAUUCACGAUCUGUGCAUGAUAUGACCAUGUCCAUUGGCUCGCCUGGGUUGGAGAGCAUCGCGAAUGACCUCGGUGUUUUGUCCUACCCCAAUCUGCUGCUUAUCCGGCUCAUUUGUCCAACAGAGUGAUCUGUCAACUUCGCCAAUAAUUGCCAGAAUAUUAAAUCCCUCUGUGACCUGCCGUAUCCGUCUCGAGAUCCGCGUUUCGUCAUGUGAGGAUCUUUUCUGUGUCGCCAAGGCCGGACAAUCCCUCGCUUCUGAACCUUCGAGUUUCUACUGAGUGUGCGAGUUGCGGUCUGUCGAGAACCAAGCGUCGAGAUCAUCAUCAGCUUCGAGUUUGCCAGAACUGUUAGUGGUGGGGUAAACAUUGCGGCUCCGGAGCUUCCCCAGCUCAAGGAAAUAAACCGGCCUCACUCAAUGACCGUUGACAACAUCAUCUCCUCUCGAAUCUUCUCGUCGGCGUAAAAUCGGUCUACGACCUCGUGUCUUGCGUAAAAUGUUCCAUCUCAACCGGGUCACGUCGGUCCAUUUCUGGGUCUUGAUAACAAGCCCCAACCAUGAACAAAGUCUUGCGGGCGCUGGAGCGUGGGACAGAAAAAUAGAGACAAACUCCUCCAAACUCCAGAAAGCUAGUAACUUAGGGGAAAGUUGCAGAGACAGCUAGUAACUUAGGGGAAGGCAGACCCGCGACUCUUAUGCGCCGACUCCUCCGUCGAAAACACAGCUAGUAACUUAGGGGUAAAGAGUGCCGACCACGACCAUGGCAUACGCAAGAGGUAUUACCUAACAUUACAUAAGAUCAAUAGAGGCUAUCUACGGCUGUAAGCGGUGCAUCCCACGUCCAUGGCCGGCGGCAAAGAACAUCAGAGACAAUGAAAUGAAGAAUGUCUUUUGGAUAAAGGUAUAGAGGUAUUGGACAAGGCGAAAAACAUAGGAUAUAUAUCGUCGGCACUUGACUCAAAGUGGAGGAGACCUGUUCAAAUUGGGGAAUCGGGGAUUUUGGAGCAGACGGGAAUUGAAUGGACACAUAGCGAGCGAAAAACUGGAGAAGAUGUGCGUAAGAGAAACCCAGAUCAGCGGGACCAACAGAAUCACAGCAUCUGUAUCUGUAUCUAUGUAUCUCGUCUAGACUCGAAAGGGUUGUCUUAUGACCCUUGACAUGUGCCAGUGACAGGCUGUUGAUAACCUUCGAAGAGUGUAAGAGAAACCCCCGCGCCCGCCCGAAACCGACGCUAUUACCUUAUCCAUAUUCAAUUGUCUUGGGAGAGCGAGAAGUGUGUCUGUGCCGCCGGCCGAUUGCAGCCAUGAGAGGGUUCAAAGAGGCCGAGAGAGAAUAAGAAAUGCCAUUGACCUCCGAAUACAAAUGGAGGCUUGUUCCCAUCUCUUUCUACUCAGUCUCUUCUCAAACUCAACUCAAACCAACUUCAUCUCUACCUUAACUUAACUUCACUUCUUAUCUUCACUUCACUUCCUCUUAUCUUAUCACACACCUCUACGUCACCCCCCACAUUCCGCCCAUCAUGAACACCGGUCUCGUCAACAGCCGCUUCCUCUCCAAGCCCGAUGAAGUCGGCGUCGUCGCCGUCGGUUUCUCCGGCGGCCAGCCCAAAGCCGGCGUCGACAUCGGUCCCGCCGCCCUCAUCGAGUCCGGUCUCCUGACCGAGAUCCGCGACGAGCUCGGCUACAAGCUCUUCGGCGACGAGUCCGUCCAGCAGUUCGAGGACCUCAUCCCCUCCUCUGACCCUGACUACCGCGGCAUGAAGAAGCCCCGUCAUGCCUCUGCCGUGACCCGCAAGAUCGCAUCGCACACAUACGAGCACUCGCGCGAGGGCCGCAUGACCCUCACCCUCGGCGGUGAUCACAGCAUUGCUAUCGGUACUAUUGCUGGUACUGCGAAGGCUACGCGGGAGAGGCUGAACCGUGAGAUUGCCGUCAUCUGGGUUGAUGCGCAUGCGGACAUCAACACUCCUGAGAGCAGCGACAGCGGAAACAUUCACGGCAUGCCUGUUGCUUUCUUGACUGGUCUUGCUAAGGAGGACAACGAGGAGUACUUUGGCUGGCUCGAGGAUGAUAUGCGCUUGAGCGUUAAGAAGUUGGUUUACAUUGGUCUUCGAUCUGUUGAUGUUGGCGAGAAGAAGAUUCUCCGUGAGCAUGGCAUUAAGGCUUUUAGCAUGCACGAUGUUGACCGACAUGGUAUCGGCCGCGUUGUCGAGAUGGCCCUCGCUCACAUCGGAAACGACACCCCCAUCCAUCUAUCCUUCGACGUCGAUGCCCUCGACCCCAUGUGGGCACCCAGCACCGGCACACCCGUCCGCGGCGGUCUGACUCUCCGCGAGGGUGAUUUCAUCUGCGAGAGCGUGCACGAGACAGGUAACCUUGUCGCCAUCGAUCUCGUCGAGGUCAACCCUCAGCUCGCAGAUGGUAAGCAAGCUGAGCAGAACACAAUCCACGCUGGAUGCUCACUGGUGCGGUGUGCUCUUGGCGAGACUCUUUUGUAAAUGUAAAUUGGGGGUGUUUGUGAGAUGAUUGAUGAUAUCCUUGAGUUGAAUGAAUGGAAUUGGGUCGGUGCAUAUGCAUAGGUACAUACAAGCGCUGCGAGAUCACUCUCGAAAUAAAAUGUCUUUCUUUCCUCGGGACUUGAUGCCUACCACAUGAAACCACUAUUAACUUUACGCUCAAUUCCGGCAC